UCUUUCAAUUUAAAGAUUUACUUCUCACACUCUUAAAUUUUUUUUCUAAAUAACGAAAAGCUAAGAUGAGUGCUGGGAAAGGGCCGCAGAAAACGCAAGAGGAGAUCGAAAUGGAACAAAUGGCCCAGGCAGAGUUGGCCCGUCUGCAGAGGCAAUACCGAAUCAUGGAAGAAGACAGGGCCCACUAUGCCGAGGAGACCAGAAUCCUCCUAAAUAGACAACGGAGGCAGAUUUUAGCUCUCGAAAGGGAGAAAAAGCAGCUCCUGAUGAGUCCAGAGUACGCCAGUUUAAAAGUCGCCAGACGAAGGGCUUCCAGUUGUAGUAGGUUGCUCGAAAGGCAGCUGGACAAGUACGAAGAGAUGGAUGAGCGAAUUCAAGAACAAAAGGAAAAGAAUGAUGAUUUGCGGGAGAAAAUACGACAAGUUGAAAAAGAAAUUGAGCAUCUGAGGAAGAAGAGUGAAAGUGACAUUUGCAGAAAAGAAGCUUUGAAAUCAGUGGAGCGAAACGAGUCCCUUCUGAAAAAUCGACUCCACCAUGCUUCUGUCCACUUAAACUCCAUUACGGCGGACAAUAGGACAUUGCGUGCCGAUUUGAAUCAUUUGCUGCUGGAGAGGGCACAGUUCAAUGUGCGAUUUGAGAAACUCGCCCAGCAUCUAGUCGAGGGCAAAAAGUUGGCCUCUGAACUUACAGACGCGGCUACCCAAGCUUACGACCAACGAGAGGAGGCCCAGAGUCGUCUACAGAUGCUAAAGGAGCAGGAGCAAAUUGAUGUGGACCGAUUCAAGGCAGAUAUGAAUGUGCUACAACGACAACUUGACUCUGUGGCUAAACUUUUUAACUUUCUCGCCACGAAGGGCCAGAAACGGACCACGGCUCAUUUAGAGGCGCAGGAAGCUCUCAGGCAGAUUAAUCAGCGAGAGGCAAUGGAAAAACUUCUUCAAGCUUACGCAUCCAGCCUGAAAGAGAUUCAAGAGUUUUGCGGUGAGCAGGUCGUGGACAAGCUGGCGGCGCUGUUCACCAAGCAGGAGGAAGAAAACUUUGCCCUGUUCAACUACGUGAACGAGUUGAACAGUGAGUUGGAGGCGCUAGAGGACAAGGUGGAAACAGCUCGACGGCAACUGGACGCGCACCACCGGAUGCAGAAGCGCCAGGAGCAGCAGCGCCAGGACAACCUGGCCGAAUUGCAGACCGCCUUAGAGGCAACCCAGCGACGCAACAAGGAUGCGGACGCUGAACUGGAGACUGCCGACGAGGAACUUGGCCAACUUCUGCAAAAAGUGAAGCGGCUAUUUAAUCUUGUCUUCUCAGAUCCGCCGCCUAUCCUCCAGCUAAUUGGAGGCGAUCCUGAAGUAUCAAGUGAGAACGUCAGCCUAUAUUUGGAGCUGCUACAGGAGAACGCGGCAUCAAUUCGUGAAACUGCUUUGAAGACAUUUGAUCCUGAGCAAGAAGAGGAGUCUAGUACUACACACUCAAUUGCGCCUAAACCGCACAAGCAAAGGGCCUCUUUCCCGAUGUUCAAGGAUUCAAGCAAGUCAGCUGAUGAUAAGUAA